GCCCGUUCUCACGCCGUUGCCCGUAAUUGAGGGAGGCAUAACUGCCGCCCUGAUAGAUACUUCAACCUCAUGAUUUGGCAUUCAGGGUAGAUUAAAUGCGAGAAUUCAAUUACUGUGCUCCUUCGGGUUGUCCUUCGCCUCCGUUGGACUCAAUUGGACCGUGUCGACCCGCUUUGGGAAUCGAUCCACGAAUGACUUGCGCAGGCGUUAAAACGAGGGCGACUGUAUUAGGCAAUGGCUGCCGAGGUACCUUUAAGUCUCGUCAGUCCCCCGUCUGAAGCUCACCCGAAGUCUUUUUAUCGCAAUCUAAGAAUACCAGAGCUUGAGCUGCUUGCCGCUAGAACUUCACUAAAUGCUAGACGACGUGAAUCGUUGCAAUGGCUAUUCAUAAACACAACCGCCAGUAUGACUUGGUGGUCUUUGGCGCCACAGGUGCGCUAACAGGAGAGGAUGAAUCCACACGUUUGCUGACCCUGUAUAGGCUACACUGGCAAGCUUGCAGCUGAAGCUAUCGCAAAGAGCCUACCCACUGACCUGAAAUGGGCUAUUGCUGGCAGAUCUGAGGCCAAGCUUAAAGCUGUAGCAGAGACCUGCAAAGCUCUGAACCCUGAUAGGCUGCAACCAGCCAUUGAGAUUGCAGACGUUUCUGAUGGAACUCGUGUGAAGGCACUCGUCUCCAAGACAUUUGUCUUUCUCGCUGUUGUCGGCCCGUACUGCAAGUACGGCGAGGUCGCCUUCAAAGCUUGCGCUGAAGCAGGCACACAUUAUCUCGAUGUGACCGGAGAGUCACCAUGGGUGCUGAGCAUGACACAGAAAUAUGAAGCCGUCGCUAAAGCUAGCGGCGCAAUCAUGAUUCCCCAGUCCGGCCUGGAUUCCGUUCCGUCGGAUAUUUGCACUUGGCAGCUCGCCACUACCUUAAGAGAGGAAUUAAACGUCAAAACAAAGGAUGUGGUCAUUUCCAGCCAUAAGCUUAAAAUCAUCCCAUCUGGCGGCACCAUCUCGACGGUCUUGUCUGCAUUCGGCGUAUUUUCUGUUGAUGAAUUGCGUAAGGGUUAUGAGCCUUACUCUCAGUCUCCUAUUCCACGUAACCCUUCCCUUAAGGAUCCUUACUCAGGUAUUACGAAAGCACUCUUCGGCUGCUUCAGUGUCCCCGAUCUUGGACUUCUUACAUCUUCCCCUCUGGGUCGAACCGAUGCCACACAAGUUGGCCGAUCUUGGGGCCUUUUAAAGACAAUCCCGUCUCGCAAAGACCAAUUCUACGGCGAUAACUUUACUUGGACUCCGGGUAUGAAGGCGCGAAACUGGUUGGCUGGUGUUGCGAUUCACUGGCUCCAAGUUUCUACACUAGCUCUCCUUUUCUUGCUACCUCCUCUGAGAACCCUUGCUGCGCGCUUUGUUACCCAGCCUGGCGAGGGAGCAAGCAAAGAGGAGGCUGCUAAAUGCGAGACGGAAUACCGUGGUACGGCGACCGCUGACUCUAACACGAAGAAGAAGGCUUACAUCCGAGCCUGGUAUGACGGUGACGGCUACACACUUACUGCGAUCUUCCUGACACAAGCUGCUCUUACCGUUCUUGAAGAUGACCUGGAGCUUGGUGGAGGUGUUUUCACGCCAGCUUGCCUCGGCCAAUCCUUUGUUGACAGAACCGAAGCCCAAGGAUUCAAAACAGAAACCCAGAUCAUGGACCAUUAGGGUUGGUGAUACGCCGUAGGGCGAUAUGUGUAACGAAAUGAGUUUGUUCAAGCUAGUUUUGUUUGGUCUUGUAAGACACGGACAGUGCUUGUCUACGAAUAUAUGCUCCGUUGAUUGUUAUCGAGGAGUAAAACCACUUUUGAUCUUAUGUGAACGUCAGGUUUACCUUAGCGGAACCUAUCUGAUUUUUUGAACGCCCCAAAUACAGCUAAAAUACAAACUUACGAACAUAUUUAUUUAUUCAGAUACAUUCUUUGUUACAUAAGAAACGUACUAUCCUGUA